UUUGAAUAUCAAAAACAAAAACAAAAACCGCGCCACCGAUGGCCCCCUCCACCCCUCCUCCGCCACCGGAUACUUCCACCUCCUCCGCCGCCACAGCAACAACCGCACCCCUAUUUCAGAAUCCUCCCCGUCCCCCAAAUCGCCACCACUUCCAUUACUCCCCACCCCCGCCUCGGCUCCCUUCCAAUCCCAACCCUAAUUACCCCCAAUUGGCCCCCCGCCCCCCUCAUUCCCUCCCCCAUCCUCAGGAUCCCUCCCAGCUUCUCUACCCAGUUGCCUCUUCGGGUCGCGGAUUCCUCACCCGCCCCGUUGCUUUGCCAGCUACCCGCUCUACCCAGCGACCCCCAUUUAUGUUCCCCUAUCUAGAUCAGGGUCAGGCCAAUCCGGUUUUUGUGCGCCCGAACCACUUGCCGCACUUGCUAGCGGGCUCGGCUCCUAGUAAUUCUGCUGCUGCCGGAGCAAUGCCUGGUGUCGUUAAAGGAAUUCCUGUUCCGUCUUCACAUCAGACAAAGGUUGGUUCUCCUUCUGCUUCGUUAUCUGAUAACAAUGGACAUAAAGAUUCAAGGGAUAGAACUAAAGAUGAUGCUUUUGUAAUAAUAAGGGAUAGGAAGGUUAGGAUACGUGAAGACGCUACACUUUAUUCCCUCUGCCGGUCAUGGUUGAGAAAUAGUUUUCCUGAAGAAACACAGCAGCCACAGCAUUUGGAUACUGUGAAAUCUCUUCCAAGACCUUUGCCCAUACCAGCACAAGAUGCAAAUUCACCAGAUAAAAUAGCAAAAGACAAAGAAGAGGAAGAUGAGGAUAAGGACUCUUGUGAGCAUCUGUCUGAGAAAGAACUGUUGCAGAGACACAUUAAACGUGCAAAGAGGGUUCGAUCACGGCUGAGAGAAGAACGUCUUCAACGAAUUACAAGAUACAAAACUAGACUUGCUCUUCUCUUGCCACCAAUGGUAGAACAACACUUCAAAAAUGAUUCUGGUCCACCAAACUGAAAAAGGCUUCGAUGUUCGCCAUCCAGAUACCCUUGACUCCCUCUGAAAGGAAUGGCACCCUUGUAAGAUGCAGGAUCACAUCAGCGUCACAUAUUUCAUAUUCUUUGAUUAUGUGCAUUCCCUCUUUGUUGUGUUUGCACCUUUAAGCAUUUCUGUAGUUCUUUGGACCUAACAUAGUUCGAUCUCAAUAAGUAGAGUGGUGAGAAUCGAAAGCAUUUGUAGGAUGAACGGUCGUCUGUAGCAAGGCAGUCCGAAACCAGCUUAGAUGUUGCGAAUUCUAGGGCUAGAGUAUGAACUAAAGAUUAUCAAUCAGUAUGCAACUGUUGUAACGCAUUUGUUUGUUAAGGUCGUCUUGUAGUAGUGACUUAUCUUAUUAUGUGUGUAGUGUUCAUACUAUAAAUGUUUUAUUUCUGAUGAUGUCUCAUCGAAGUAUCCAUAGUAUAAUUGUUUUCUACUA